CAUUCGUUUAUGCGACGCACACAGCAGCAAUGGCGAGCGGUAAAAAGAGUGCUCUGCUCUCUUCUUUGGCAGAUUAUGGAGACGAUUCAGAGCCAGACUCAGAGCCAGAAACAGAAGAGACGGAGGGGCGAGGAGGAGGUCUGGUGUACGGUUAUGGCGAUGAUGACCUGAACCGAACUGAAGAGGGAGAGGACAAGGCGUCUGCAGAUGAAGACAGCAGAGAAAGCAACUCGGAAAUGGACGAAUCUGACGAGGGGAGGGACGCAGAUGAUGUUGAGAUUCCAGAAGCAGAAAGAAAGGACCCCAAUGAGCUAGUUGCUCUGUUCUCCGAGAAGGUGAGGAACAUGUCACCUGAUGAGAUCAGGAUUCCCCCCGAGCCCCCAGGACGCUGCUCCAGCCAGCUACAGGUACAAACAUCUUACCUGCUGAAGGACAAGAUCCACAAGCUGUACGAGAGGAAGCUCCAUGGCGAUUUUGACACAAACAGCCACAUACAGAAAAAGAAAGAAUUCAGAAACCCCAGCAUUUAUGAGAAGCUCAUUCAGUUUUGUGGUAUCGAUGAACUAGGAACCAACUACCCCAAAGACAUGUUCGAUCCUCACGGCUGGUCAGAAGACUCGUAUUAUGAAGCUCUGGCCAAAGCUCAGAAGGUGGAGAUGGACAAACUGGAGAAAGCCAAGAAGGAGCGGACAAAGAUCGAGUUUGUCACAGGAACAAAGAAGGGCACCAACCCCUCCAGCACAGCAGCCUCCACCACCAGCAGCAGCACCACCACCACCACAGAGGCUCAGAAGAGGAAAAGCAAGUGGGAUUCUGCCAUCCCCGUGACCCUCGCCCAGCCCACCCUCAUCACCACCACUGCAACCCUGCCUGCCGUCGUCUCUGUGACAACCACAGCCAGCGGCACCAAGACGACCGUCAUCUCUGCAGUGGGGACAAUCCUGAAGAAAGCGAAGCAGUGAAGACGCAGAGCCAGCCCGCUGUUGAUGGUCUUUGUUAUUGUGGAGAGAGGACGAAGGAAGUGAUGGACACUCUUAAAAGAGCUGCAGAUGAACUCUGGUACACGUGGACUAUCUUAAAACUGCCUUUAUGUCUGGAUUGUAUCUGCACUACUACAUCCAUAGCUGUACUAAUUAUUAUUAGGGGGGUCAGUGGUGGCUGAAGCCAAGCUUAGCAUGUCACAAAAGCCAAAUGCUCUGGUUGGUAAAUUCACUCCUCUUAAAAUUAACUACUUCAUGAUCUCACCUGUUAUUUUUUUAUAUUUAUGUCCAACACAGUCAAGCAGAACAAAAGUGACAAUUGUUAGAAAGGAAAAUGGCCCCAAACAGACUGGAUGGAGAUAUCUGACCUGAUCUGUUUAUUAUCUAUGCAGUUCUGGCUCAGUAUUUCCAUGACACCUGUAGCCAUUCUGACUCGUAGCUCUAUGAUUCCAUCAUUUUUCAGCUUUUUUUGUUCUCCACUGAUAUGUAAACAUUGGUGAGGUUAGAUUUUUUUACACUUGUACAUAUGUAUUGAUAGGAAGUGGAAUAAAUGGAUCAGAUGUUUCCUUUUCA